GGGAGGAAGGGAGGGAGGGAGGAAGGGAAGGAAAACACUCCUUUGCUUUAUCUGAUCACAGUCCUUAAGUCUCCCAAGGUACUGUAAUGCCUGGAGAAUAUGACUUGCCUCCUUAGGUCUCCUCUUGGGCAUGCUUGUGUAAAGAGGCCUCGUCCUCUGCAACCUGGCUAUUUCCUGGUUGCCUGAGUGUCCUGGGCCUUCAUCAAGUCACCUCUUAACCACUAAAACCCAGCCCCGAGAGUCUAGGGGAUGGAGUCUCCUCCCUGUGAAGCCAGCAGCUCCAUACCUCCAGAAUGGACUUUGAUGAUGAAGACGGUGAAGGUCCCAGUAAAUUUUCAAGAGAGAAUCAUAGUGAGAUUGAGUGGCGCAGACGGAACAAGAUCACUCAGUACAUCACGGUGCUCUCGGACAUGGUCCCCACCUGCAGUGCCCUGGCCUGGAAACGGGACAAGCUCACCAUUCUCCGCAUGGCUGUCUCACACAUGAAGUCCAUGAGAGGCAUAGGAAACAAGUCUACAGAUGGUGCAUACAAGCCUUCCUUCCUCACGGAGCAGGUACCUAGCCACCCACCUCUGAUGGUUUCAUUCGUGGAAAGACUACAGCCCCAGUCAGAGUGGUUUGGGAGCACCCUCUAUGAACAAGUGCAUCCUGAUGACGUGGAGAAGCUGAGAGAGCAGCUGUGCACCUCAGAGAACUCAAUGACAGAUUUGGUUGAGCUCCUUCUGAAUGGCCUUGGCCCAGUGAAAGAGGGUGAAGCUCAGUACGCCGUGGUCCACUGCACAGGGUACAUCAAGGCCUGGCCGCCUGCAGGAAUGACCAUCCCUGAUGAAGAUGCUGAUGUGAGACAAGGCAGUAAAUACUGCCUUGUAGCAAUUGGGAGACUCCAGGUGACCAGCUCUCCAGUGUGUAUGGAUAUGAACGGGGUGUCGGUGCCCACAGAGUUCUUGUCCCGGCAUAAUGACGGGAUCAUCACGUUUGUGGACCCAAGAUGCAUUAGCAUGAUUGGCUACCAACCCCAGGAUCUUCUGGGAAAGGACAUUUUGGAAUUCUGCCACCCUGAGGAUCAGAGUCAUCUGCGUGAGAGCUUCCAGCAGGUGGUGAAGCUGAAGGGCCAAGUGCUGUUGGUCAUGUACCAGUUCGGCACCAAGAACCGGGAGUGGAUGUUGAUCUGCACCAGCAGCUUCACCUUCCAGAACCCUUACUCCAACGAGAUUGAGUACAUCAUCUGCACCAACACCACUGUCACGCAGCUUCAGCAACAGCAGGCGGAACUGGAAGUGCACCAGCGAGAUGGGUUGUCAUCAUAUGACUUAUCCCAGGUCCCUGUCCCUAAUCUACCUGCUGGUGUUUGUGAGGCUGGGAAAUCUGUGGAAAAGGCAGAUGCAAUCUUCUCUCAGGAAAGAGACCCUUGGUUUGCUGAAAUGUUUGCAGGCAUCAGUGCAUAUAAGUUUCUAGAUGGCAUGGAGAAGAAGAUGAUGAGCUCUUCCUUGGCACCAGGCACCCAAGGGAGCCCAUUCCCCUCCGGGCACUCAGGCAAGGCCUUCAGCUCCUCAGUGGUUCAUGUGCCUGGAGUGAACGAUAUUCAGUCCUCCUCCUCAACUGGGCAGAACAUAUCCCAGAUCUCCCGGCAGCUGAACCAGAGCCAAGUGGCAUGGUCCGGGAACCGUCCACCCUUCCCAGGACAGCAAAUCCCAUCCCAGUCACAGAAGUCUCCCUUUGGGAUUGGAACGAGCCAUGCUUACCCAGCAGACCCCUCUUCCUACAGCCCUCUGUCGAGCCCCGCGACCUCCUCGCCGAGUGGGAGUGCUUACUCCAGCCUUGCCAACAGGACUCCAGGGCUUGGCCAUAUCCUGGACCUGAAGACGGGGACGGUCAAGAAAGAAGAGCAGCAGUCGUCCAUGCGGAUGUGCCUGGGUUCCCGGCGCUCCUUCAUCUGCAGGAUGAGGUGUGGAAAUGCUCCCUUGGAUCACCUGCCCCUUAACAGAAUAACCACCAUGAGGAAAAGGUUCAGGUCAGCACCCUCCUGAUAUGUUCGUGGGACUAUGCAGGUUGAUAGUGUUGGUGUCCUAAACCGGGGAGUGGCCCAACUUAAAGAGGGCUGAGUUUAGGGAGAACCAAGAUUGUGCUCCAGGGAGGCAGUGGCUGAGGCAAGAAUGUGACAUUGACUAGAAUGUGCCUAUCAAUCUACAAGAAAACACUCUGGAUGGUAAAAGACC